UCUUUGCUCCUCAAACUUACAACACGUAACUAAGUUCUGAGCAGACAAACCAUCUAACUAACCAGGAAAUAAGCACUUCCUUUUCUCUGUGCCUCCUCCACAAAUACAUUUCAGACGUGAUGCUGAACUUUCAGUCAGUCUUUGUCAGUCUGAUGGUCAUCAUGUUCAACCUAAACCAAGCAGCUCUUCUCUCCAUUCAACUAUUAGUUAUGUGCCAAGUCUUUGCAGAGAUUGAUCCAGUUGAGCACAGGGAUGAGCUGGUGUCCAGGGGAGACUCCGUCAUCUUCACCUGCAACAUAUCCGAGACAAAUGUAACGCAAAUCAAAUGGACCAGAGGCAGAUCUGUUUUUGUGUUUUCAAUCUUACUUAAUAAUACUUUUUCAAAUUUCACUUCUCACAAAAUAACAAUAGACAAAAGCUUACCUUCAAAGAUGAAUAUUGCUAAUGUUCAGCAUGACGAUGCAGGAACCUACAGAUGUUUUUUAAAUGGCAUAGAACGUACAAGGGCUAUUGAGUGGAAUUUAAAUGUGACUGUGGAACACGAAGAAAUCAGUCCACUGUGGUAUUCUCUAUACAUCACAGCUGCAAUUGGAUUUCUUCUAUGUGUAAUCACUACAGCUGUCUGCCUCUACAGAAAACUCAGGACCAGGACACAAAAUCCAGUCCAGGACCAGUUUUAUCUCCACUCAGUAGAAGAGACGUCCCUCCCUCCACCGCAGGAUGGCACAGGCAGUGGGACAAACAACAAGCGCGGGAGUCAGUACGCAGAGAGGCUCAAUUCAAUCUAUGGCCUCUGAGCUGACAAGACAUUUGAAUGAAAGUUAAACAAGAGACAUGGACAAACCCGGUGCUUCAAGGGAAGGCAAUCACAGGGAGGACAACUGGGCCACUGAUGCCUUUGUACAUUAUUACAUUACAUUAAAACCAGUGCCGUCACUUUAAGGACUUUGUUUUCACUUGUGUAUUCAGGGUUCUCUUUGCGUUUUCUUGUGUUUAUUAUGGUUUUAUCAUUUGUAUGAUGUGUUGAAUGUUUCCGUGUUUGUCGUGCACCAUGAGCUCACCAAGGAAAGCUCCUUACAAUGUGUAGGUGACUAUCGGUAACUUACAAUGAGUCACCGAGAGGAGUAGGGGAGAUUAACCUGCGGACGCGCUGGCAGUCAAUUAUUCACAGAUCCAGAGGCUGAGUUUUGUGGUUUUAUUUGUAAACAACAAACAAACUUUUGUGCUGGAUAACACACAUUCAUAAACGUUCAAAAUACUUGCUGUACAGAGGUGAUCAACAGCAUCAAACAAUGAUAAUAGUGAUAAUAGUAUUGUAAAUAGCGGUCAUCAAAAAAUAAGACUCCCUCACCCCCUCUACUUCCAUUCAUCCAACUAAACUACAGAACAGCAUAUAUAUCUCCUUUGCUAUCCCCAACACCACGUGACUCAAUUACCGGAUGUGACAAAAAAGGGUUUACAAAAUGACACAGGCCAUACUUGGCUCCUACACAAUGUUUGUUUAUUGGCAAUGAUGUGAACUCAACAGGCUUCGAUUGGGGGUCUGUGCCCUCUAGUGUUCUAUGAGAGAAUUACACAGGACAGAAACAGAUGUGUUUCUUGUAAAAGUGUUUUGUGAUCAAAACAAUGAAGUAUUCCAAAAUAGAAGCUGUUGACUUGGUUUGGGAAAUGCAUAUGUAAUGGUUAUUCUGCUUCUUAUAAGCAUCAAAAAGUAUUCAACAUGCACUGAAAGAACACUCUCAUGCUAUGGUGCUGAAAGGCCCAGCGUUAUACAGAGGUGGUUUUCUGCACUUGAACAUGUGGAUUUUGUGCAUUUUAAUGCCAACAAAUGAAAACAUUUUUACAGUUUAUUUUCAAGAAGGAGCUAGCUUAAAUUCUCAGGAUUCUAAUUUGAAUUAUAUUAUUUAUAUUUGACUGUCACAGGACUUCAGUUCCUCUAAAGAUACACAGAAAGAGUAACUAACCACUUCCUUUACUCUGUGCCGGAUAUGAGAAAAGGGAUUACUAAUGAUAUAUUUAUUAGAGUUUAUUUUCAGGAAGGAGUGAGUUUCAAUUCUCAAUGUUCCAAUUGUAUGAUUCUCAUGUGAAUUAAUGUUUCUUUGCUCCUCAAACUUACAACACGUAACUAAGUUCUGAGCAGACAAACCAUCUAACUAACCAGGAAAUAAGCACUUCCUUUUCUCUGUGCCUCCUCCACAAAUACAUUUCAGACGUGAUGCUGAACUUUCAGUCAGUCUUUGUCAGUCUGAUGGUCAUCAUGUUCAACCUAAACCAAGCAGCUCUUCUCUCCAUUCAACUAUUAGUUAUGUGCC